AUGGCUUCAAACAACAGCACCAGCGACGAAGUUCAAAUCUUCAUUAUCCCAAGCAAGGAUGGUGCGACUUGGUCCCAUCAUGAGUUUCGAAUAUUGUAUUCGCUGCAGCAUAAACAGAUUCCAUAUUCCGUCAAACACGUCGAGUAUCCGGACAUUGAGUCAACCUUUGCGCCAACCACGCUGGAGCCCAAAUCAGACCCCCUCGAACCUUACGAGAUCCCCGUGCUCGUGGUCCAGCCCCGCAGCUGCGACGCUCGAUACUACAUGGGAGCACUGAACAUAAUCCAGGCCCUGGAGGAGAUCCAGCCCGAGCACCCGCUCCUCUACGACACGCCGCGGUCAGUCGAGUUCCGAUCCCGUUUCGGGCCGGCCCUUGCGCCCGUCCUGCAGGCCGUCGCCGGCAACGUCGCGGGCAUCCUCUCGGAGCGCAGCGCCGCGGCCUUUGCGGAGAAGCGCCGCAAGAGGUGGGGAAAGACAGUUGAGCAGUGGGCGGCCGAGCAUCCCAUGAGCGAGGCCCUGGUCGCCGCCAAGCCGCGACUCGAGGAGUUUGGCGACUGGCUGGAGCUCGUUCCGGGGCCGUUUGUCCACGGCGAUCAGCCGAGCUACGCGGACUUUACUGUGGUCAGCGUGCUCGAGUUCGCUAGGGCGGUGGGCUUCGCAGAGGCGGUGGAGGCGGUCGUAGGCAUGCAUCCGUCGCUGAAAAUAUUAUAUCAGGCUGUUAUGGCGAAGCAGCCGGUCGAUGGGCAGAAUUAG